UGUAAGCCAUUGGAUUAUCAGUCUGUUCACGCGAUAAAAGCGUUCCCCAAGCGUUCUCCAAAUCCGUGAGUCUUACGAUUCGUACGAUCCGCACGUCGGAAGACAGCUCCAAAUCUUUGGACGAAUCUUUUUCGCGACAGUCGCUGAAGAUGUCUUGAUUGAGUCGAUUGUGAAUUUUCUAGUCCCGCAAAGAUGACGUUCGAUCGCUCGAUUCGUUUGCUCGAUUUCCUUCUCGUCAUCUGCAUUUCUCGCACCUUUGUUUUUGGCGAGCAACAAUUUCUAGAGAAACCGCAACCUUACCAGGAAGUGUCGUCUGGCGAUGACGUGAAAUUACGUUGCAUAGUACAGAAUAAGGGUGGCCAGUGCAUCUGGCAGAAGGAUCGGAGACCGGUAGGCAUACAACCAGAUAAGUACGAGUGGGCGAACAGCCGCAGCAGCGGCGACUGUACCCUUGUGAUAAGACGAGCCAAUUUAUAUUUUGACGAUGGCUUCUGGGAGUGCCAGGUUACUUCCAGCGAUUUUACCCGCCAAGACGCACUCUCAUCCGAACAAUCGAGACUGCUCGUGAAGGUGAAACCUAAAGAACCUCAACUGGAAUAUGGGGGGACCAUUUUGGGCGCCACCCUAAUGCUGCAGGAGGGGCAGGAAGUAAUGAUUUCCUGCAUUUCAAAAUACGGAAAUCCACCCGCCGUUAUCAAAUGGUUCAUAGGGAACAAGGAGGAGAAAUCUUACACGUCGCAAAGCAACGCAACGGAGGUAGAUAAUCCGAAAACCUGGGCGGCUCAUAGUUUUCUACGGGUGCGUGGUCGAAGGGAGAAUCACGGUCUGCCGAUCCGAUGUGUGGCCAUGCAUCCGACGAGCUUAACACCGAUGAGCACAGAGACGCGACUGGAUGUUCAUUAUUCGCCGGAAGUGCGACUCGAGAUGGGUCCGCAGCCGCUCAUGGCUGCUCCGGAGGAUUCGGUGAGUUUCUUGAACCUGAAGUGCCUGGCGGAUGCUAAUCCAGUCCCAAGUAUCAAAUGGUUCAAAGACUCGGUACCGCUCGACCGCUUGUUAAUUGAUGCCACAUCUUCGUCGUCACCAUCGCUAACACAAGGCAAAACGACAGAGCUGAACGACACUAUGUGGAGUGCCAAAUUGCACUUCGAGCCGGUCACGAGGAGUGAUGCCGGCUUGUACUCAUGCAAGGCGACGAACAACGUCGGUGAAAGCGCUCCCGCGAGUUACAGGCUCGAUGUGCAAUAUGGACCGAAGGAGAAGAGCAAAGACGGAAAUGUCACGUCCAUGAACGUGGAAGAUAUGGCGUUGCUGGGUUCCGCUAUGGCCCCCUUUGAGUGCUCCGAGUUCGAAGCUAAUCCGUCCCCUCAAUAUAGAUGGGUGCAUCUUCGCGGUAGCUUGGCGGAGCCGAUAGAGAAUCGCGUGCAGAACAAGGGCGGUGGUCGACGCCUCCACCUCGAAAAUAUCAUGUGGUCCGACGAGGGAGAAUACCGUUGCAUUGCCUUCAACACAAUCAACGGUGUUAAAAGAGAGACUUCCAGUAGCAUACGCUAUGUGCUACACGUGACUGGACCGCCGGAGAUCCAGGUCAAACCAUUGCUAGGCGAGAACCUCUUAGAGUCCGUUGGAUGGGCCGGGGAACCUGUGCACAGGCUCAAAUUCCGAUUUUGCUCGCGACCGCCACCGAAACUGGUCGCUUGGCAGUGGGGCAGUUCUCAUCUUCGAGCCGGAGAAAGCAUUAAUCCAAAAUACGAUGCUCUACCAUUGGAACCCAUCAUCGAGAAUAAAAUGGUGACCAACUGUUAUUGGGCCAAGCUGGAAAUCAAGGAUUUGCGAAAGGAGGACGCUCGGAUAUACAUUUUAUUAGUGGAAAGUGAGAAGGGUCAGGACUCAACGAACAUCAAAUUGAUAGUGAGAGACCCCACGGAGAUGCGCGUAAUAGCCGCAGCCGUGGCAGUCGGCCUGUUAUUUCUGUUAUUGCUGAUCUCCAUCAGCGUGUACUCGCUGCUGAGAAUGCGUCGCGGACGGUACCGACAGAAGGUGGAGGAGGAGGGCAGCAUCGCGGCAGAUGCACUUUAUAGUAAUGGUGCAUCGAUGGAUCAACAAAAGUCCAUGAAUUCGUCUCAUGCAAAGACCUUUGCAAGAAAGUCUAGCUUAGAUGGCAGCCAGGGCGUGUAUGAUUACAAUCGCAUCGCGAAGCAGACGCGUGCCAUGAGCCCGGAAGCGCUGAAGGUCAGAAGAGCGCCGGCAGUCUUACAACCGCCCACCAUAGUGUAAAAUAUAUGGAUCUCCAUCUCUUUCAUUGAUACCGA